GUGUAGUGUCAGGUGAGGUGUGUGUAGUGACAUGUAAUGUUUGUGUAGUGUCAGGUGAGUCGUGUAGUGACAGGUGAGAUGUGUGCAGUGACAGGUUAGGUAUAUGUAGUGACAGGUGAGGUGUGUAAUGACAGGUGAGGUGUGUGUAGUGACAGGUUAGGUGUAUAGUGACAGAUGAGUUAUGUGUAGUGACAGAUGAGUUGUGUGUAAUGACAGGUGAGCUGAGGGUAGUGAUAGGUAAGGUGCAGUUAAUAAUAUGCAUGAUUUCAUCAUCAUAUUCUAGGCACAAAUGCUACGAAUGAGUUUGGGUUAGCAACAAUUGGUUUUACAACUGUCUUCAUAUUUGAGUACAUGUCUUCUUCCAUAAUCACCUUUCAUACCACACCUUAAGGCUCAUUUCAUUCCUUUGUUUCAGGUAACACUAUCGGGAAUCAAGCCUAACUGCUCCUACAGUAUAUAUGGGUCCAAUAACUUCAGAUUGGGUCCCACUGGUGAUAUCUAUACGGCAGCUGUCUUAGACAGAGAGGUGCAAACGGAAUAUGCUUUACGAGUAUCUUGUGACAAUGGUGCCACUCCUUUUGCCGAAAUUAUAGUUGAAGUUCUUGACCUCAACGACAAUACUCCAGUUUUCAGUCAGUCCUCAUACUCAUUCUUUGUCAAGGGAGAUACCCUGCCUGGAACUGAGAUUGGACAAGUGUCUGCUAUAGAUGCUGAUGUUGGUGAUAACGGUUUUGUUAACUACAAAUUACAAACAAAUAGAGAAUUGAAUUUUGAAAUAAAUUCCAGAACUGGGCACAUCGUUCUAACUACACAUCCUACAGAAGCCUUGUAUGUCUUACAGAUCAGAGCACAAGAUGCUGGUCUACCAUCAAUGAGUUCAACCUGCCACGUAUAUAUCAUCUUACCAUGUUCCUUCACAUUCCGCGUACCAGAAUCAAUCCAUACACACUCCUACAUAGGAUCAGUCCUUAUGGUACCGUCUGGUAUGGAUGAUGUUUUCAAGGCUAUACACCUAUCACCCCAGGAUGUGCCUUUCACACUGGACCUAAACAACAACACGGCGUCACUUUACACCCUAUUACCACUGGACAGGGAGAUGAGAGAUAGCUACCACUUCCAUGUCAUGGCGACAACCUCUGGGGUCGAGAGAUUGCUCGCCAAUGUGACUCUUGAUGUAUUGGAUGUUAACGACAACCGGCCUUGUUUUUCACGCUCUAUGUACAAUAUAACUGUAAAUGCCAACUCUCCAGCAUUAACUACCUUACUGGCGGUGCGGGCAACUGAUUUUGACACUGGCAGCCAAUUGGUCUACAGUAUAGUAACCAAAUCUGGUGCCCAGCCUUUUGCUAUCGACCCAAUGACAGGAUUUUUUUCUUUGAUGCAUACCUUGGACCGCCAAAGUUACGCUGUUGAGAUUCAAGUCAGUGAUGGGCUGUUUGAGGACCAAGCCUGGAUAUAUAUCACUACCGUCUUUAGUGAGGAAGUUGUAGGAUGAUAUUGCUGAAUCACCUUUUUAAUUUUAAUUAUGUUAUUAAAGUACGUGUACCAG